CACAGCCCAGAAGGGGUCUGUGUGCCGGCAGGAAAAGCCUGGCUGCCUUGGAAACAGAGAAGAAGGCGACCCAAAGGAGGAACGCUCUCAAGAAAGGGGGCGGGAGGCAAAGGGAAAAAAGGUGGAGUGUUGUAUGGAGAGAGAGAGAGAGAGAGAGAGAGAGAGAGAGAAGAGAGAGAGUGAUUUUGGAGGGUAUUGAGAGCCAGAGGCAGAGAAAAAGAGAAGAAGAGGAGGUGGAAGAGAGAAUGCAAGACAUUGGAGAACACUGAGAAACAUUGGAUGACUGUAACUGUGGAAAUAAGUCGAGAAAAUGCAAGACAACUUGGGGGAAACAAGGCAAGUAAAGUGGUGAAUGAGUUACAGUGAGAGACUCUGGUCCCAGACAUUGAGGAAUUCUUCACACACCACUGCUUGCCUAGUUCAUUCACAAAACAAAUGCAGGAAAGACAGAGAGGAAUCUGGCUGAGAGAGACAUUUGUAUGCUGCUCCGCAUAGUGCAGCAACAGACCAGUGCAACCAGGCAUGCAAGUCCCCCAAGAAGAAAGGAGGAGGUUAACCACAAACACCAACCCCCAGGAAGAGCAGCAAGGUAGAUAUCCUCCACAACAUCACCACAACCACCACAGAUGUCAGCAGUAGGAACCCUGAGGAAGAACCACAGCUCCACCAGAUCCUUGAGUGGAACAGGGGGCAGAGGGCUCCUGUGGCAGGGGGUCUCGACAGAUGUGGAGGUCCCUGCGCAGGGCCCUGGGGUCGGCCCGCGGGGGCUCCGUCCUCAGGUGGCUGGGGGUAAAGGUGUGCCGUAGGAGCACUUUGCUCAUAGUUCUGCUCUGGCUGGCCUCUUGGCUCUUUCUCAACAGCCUGGUGUUUGUUCACAGGAACAUGUUCUCUGACUUCUGCACCGACGACAAGAGCAAACAGAUUCUGCAGAGGGUGUGUGACGAGUAUCAGCAGGGAGUACUGACCGGUGACCUCUGCGAAGACCUCUGUGUGGCUGGUCAAGUGGAAUACAAACGCUGUCUCUAUUAUGAGAAUGGCAAAAAGGUCAUAGCCGCUAGCUGGCGUGGAGUGCCUGUAGUUCUCAAGUCUAAGCUGGAGAAUUUCUCUUCCUAUGAGGCUUUAGCUCUGUUAGAGUACCAGGAUGGAGCUGGAGGGAUGGGUGGAGAAGAAGAGCUCUCACCUCUGGAUGUCGUCUUCUAUGCCACCCUGGAGAUCAAGAACUCUCUUGGCUUGGAGACAGGAACGAAUUUGACUUUGCCUCGACUUUGGGGCCAGAGGCUGAAGGAAAAAGAGUGGACUUACUCGCGAGCGGAGCUGGCCUCGCUCUGGGCUCUGCUUCAACAGGAGGAGUACACGUUCCUCAGAGUACUACAGGAUUUAACCCACCAUGUGGCCAAGAUCCUGGGCUCUUGUGGUCAUUUUUAUGCUGUUGAGUACCUGGUGGCUGGACACACCUGGGACCAAAACAUCUUCUCUUUGGAGGAGCUGUCACUAAGCCCCUCGCUGAGCCCCUGGAUUUGGGGGGAAAGGAUGUUAACCGCAAGAGAUAUGGUACCCAGAGUGGCCCUGAGCUUUCUAGAGAUGGUGGAACAUUUUGACAAUGACUUUUCGCACCGCUUGCACCUCUGUGAUAUCAAGCCAGAGAACUUUGGUAUCAGGAAGGACCUGACGGUGGUGGCAAUAGAUGUGGACAUGGCUUUUUUUGAGCCCAAAAUGAAAGACAUACUUGAGCAAAACUGUACCAGUGACAAUGACUGCAACUUCUUCGACUGCAUUUCCAAGUGUGACAGAAGUAAAAACAGAUGUGGGCCAAAACGCAAAAACAGCAACCUUCAGGUGAUCUGUGAGAAGAUCUUCAGGUCUUGGUUUUCUCCCACGCUACUCGGUGCGAAAGCAGGGCUCCCCCUACAGGUGGAGCUGCAGCGAGCCGUGCAGGAGUGCGCAGAGACAGACGGCAGGGAAAAAGGUGAGCGCAGGCAGGCGGUACGACAGCAACUACAGGCUCUCCUCAUGGAGCUCAUUCAGGAGGACACAGAAAACCAGGGUGAAGGCCAGGAACACAAGAUGAGACGUGUCCAUACGGCACUCAACUUCUAAACCAACAUGGGACCUUCAAAAUAGCUAUUAAAAAAAACUAAUUUAGUCAUGUGCAAUGCUGGAGAACUUUUCUGAUGACUAUUUCCAGUCGCGACUAACAGCCUUUGAAACAUUACCAUAGCUGAUUAUAAUCUUCAAAAGGACUAUCUGAAGGGUUAGUUCACCCCAGAAUAAAAAUGUUGUCAUCAUUUACUCGUCUUCAUGUGAUUACGACUGAUUACAAUGUGAAUUUUGCUACAGAAGAUUGAAAGUUCCGCUGCUAAAAUCGGUCUGCUUACAAAAUUCAAAUCAUUGCCCUGCCACCAGUGGCUAAAGCUGGAAGUGUUGUUAAGCUGUUUCCAGUUAAAAUGUCUACAGGGUGGUGACAAAAGCAAGAUGCAUUUUUAGUUGGAAAUUAUAUAAUAGUCAACAGGAAUGCAUAUUUUAUUAACUCUACCCCCAAACCCUAAACCUAACCAUCUUUAGAGUAAACAUUUUUAUUUUAGAGUGAAAAUGCAAGCUCCGCUUCAUACUCACCAUUGUUUACAAGAACACUAUUGUUUCCACUGGACCAGAACCCGUGUCUCAAAUAUUUCUUACACAAACACGCUAUCAGUAAUGCCACAAAAAUGUCUGAUGGGCAGGGAUGUACUGGCCAUUUGGAGCAUCUGGACUUCAAGUAGUCUAGUAGUGGGCUAGUCGGUAUAUGUUCGCAUUUUGCGACAAUAUUUUCCAUGCGUGCGACUAAAAGUUGUCCCACUCUUAUUAAUUAAGCGCUGCUAUUUACUGCUGCGCAUAGGAAACAUCAAAUACUGCAAAAGUGUGAUGAAACGGCGAUACCCGGUUAAGCCGCGCAGCACAUCCACUGGUCGCAGUGCGAGAUCAGAGUGGGACCGGCCCACCUGGCGCAGCGUUGACGAACCCGCUCGUCUGUGCCUUAAAGGCUCUGUACAAAGCUCAUUGAAACCAGACAAACAGCCCCGACAUUGUAAACAGAAGUGACAAGGUAAACAGGAAAACAUUGUGUCAUUCACAAUGGUAAUUACAGGCUUUUCAAUUCACACAUCACCAUUCUUAUUACAUUGCAGUUAGUAACACUAACUGUAGAAACUAUUGUGUCUUGGCAGUACUAUUGCAUUAAUAAGAAGUGUUACUAUCAUUAUAAUUAUGUUUAAUAUUGUAUAUUAGGGGAAUAUAAGUCACUUUUAUAACCGUUUUUUAAAUUUAUUUAUUUUUUUAUUUUUUUUUAUGGUUUCUUCAUGGAUAUUUUUUUGUUCUGUUUUUUUUCAUUACAAACUCCAUAGUUUGUUUUUUAGAAACCAUAAUUAAAAUCUGGUAAUAAUCAUGGUUUUACCUGUGAUUACCAUUAAACUCCAUUAAACUCUGCAUACUAUGCAAGAACUGUGGUAAAUUUUCAUAAGGGCAAGUACAAUGGAGAAUUUAACAAGAGCUUUAAAGCCUGAAAACCCAUUUGUAAAGGACGAAGCUAUGAGUUUUUCCUCCUUUGUAAAUAAGUUCAAUUCUAAUGAACUUAAUGGUAAAGGUUAAUUUAAGAAAAAAACAAAAAAAAACAAAAAACAAUAUUAGUUAAACUAAGAUAAAUUAGUUGUUAAUUCACUUUUUACCAAUUUUACUGUUGUUAAUAUCAGUAAAUUCAAAUCUGAAUUCCAACUCAAUGCUUUACUGCCAAAUGUGCAUUUCUAUGUGACAAAAAAUAUGCAAUGUCAGGCAGCUAAAUGAUCGUGGGGGAACUCAUGUGCUGAUUUUUUGUCCCAGUCCAGCUCUGGUUGUAAUUUGUCAGAAUGAGGUCGAUUUCAGAAUAUAUAAACAUUUGGAAGCAG